UUUCUAAUCUCCAGUUCUUAUUCUAUUAACGAAAUAUCAAUUUUUUUGUGUUCAAGGAAUAACAUUAUAAAUACAAUGACUAAAAAAAAAGAGAAAGUCAUAGUCUGUAUAGCUUAAUGACCUUCGAUUGAAUUGUUGCUAAUAAUCAAUGAAAUAUAAAUGAAGUGCAAAGAAUUUUACUUAUUUUUUACCGAAGGAGUGAAAGGCGAAUUUACGAUUAUUAUUACAACGGAAUUUUCUUCUCUUGAAAGUUAAAAUGAUAUUUCAAUGGACCACUUGAAGAAUUUGCAGUAUUUUAUGUUGCGGCUAAGUUGUUUCCAUCUCUAAUUCGAUAUACUGUUCCAUUCCGUUGCACUAACCAUAAAAGGACAGACAAUUAGAAAGAAUUUUACAAUAUGAUGAUAAUUAUAUGCGAAAAAAAAUAAUGACAUGUAAUUUCCACUUUGUUCCCUUAAAAAAAAAAUCAGGUCAACUGUAUCGCCAGGAGUUGAUAACGUAUUGGAGAGAGUAGCCGGGAAACUGAAUAUUAGGGGGCAGCAUUGAAAUAUUGGAUUGUGUGUCUGUCCGGACGUUCAUUGUAUUUGUAUUUUGCCAACUGGAAAUACCGCAUUUUUGUUGUUCAUUUGUCUCUUAGUUGCAAUCAGAAGUUUUAUCUGGUGGAUCAGAAAAACAUAAAAAAAAAAAUGAAAGAGGAAUUGAAAAAUUUGGAUCAGCUUUUGAAAGAAACUUUCACGAACGAAUUUCGUACUGGGUAUGCAAAUAUAAAAGGAGUAAUGAUGACGGACCUUUAUCCAAAAAUGGUGGGUUCUAUCGAGAAUCUCAAGAUCUGGGAUGAUGACGUGUGGGUUUGCAGUUUUCCAAAAUCAGGAACUACCUGGACUCAAGAAAUGGUUUGGUGCAUUAGUCACGAUCUUGAUUUUAAAGGCGCCCACAUAGAUUUAGCAACACGUUUUCCAUUUCUCGAAGAAAAACCUGAUGCUCCUUCCAGAUCAUCAGCUCGUGUUGAUAAUGCAGCACUUGUAGAAAAGUUUCCAGAGCUGGAGAAUCAUGAAUUUGUUCGUGAUAGUGUGCAAUUUGUGGAGAACUUACCACGUCCAAGAUUCAUCAAAACGCAUCUUCCAUUUCAGCUACUUCCUCGUGCUUUACGAGAGGGAGGAACCCAAGCAAAGAUCGUUUAUGUCUGUAGAAAUCCCAAGGAUGUCUGCAUAUCUUUCUAUCAUCAUACAAAACAUUUUGCAUUUCAGGGGAAUUUCGAGCAGUUCUGCAGUCUUUUUUUGGGUGAUAAAGUUCCUUACUGUCCAUUUUGGGAUCACAUAUUGGGAUUUUGGAACAAACGCAAUGAUCCCUCAUCUAAUAUUCUAUUUCUCAAGUAUGAAGAUAUGAAAUCGGAUUUGAUAUCAGUAAUUCAGAGAACUGCGGAAUUUCUGAUAAAUACUAAACUAUCCUCAAAGAAGUUGAAUCUCUUGCUACACCACUUAAGUUUUGACAGUAUGAAGAACAAUUCAGCAGUCAAUCACAAUAGGAUGUUUGAUUUUACAAGGCAGUACCUCGGUGCGUUGGGAGAAACUGAAUUUAUACGACAAGGGCAAGUGGAUCAGUGGAGAACUGUAAUGGCCCCCGAUAUUUUGGGAAACUUUGAUGAUUGGAUGUCGAAAAAUUUACAAAGUUCAGAUUUUUCAUUUGAAUCUUCAUUAAAGCCUAAUGAUCUUUUCAAUGAUUAUAUAUCGUUGUCCUUUGAAGUCUACUUAAUUAUUGGAAUACAGGAGUCGCAUCGGGUAAUUUUGAAGUGUCGAAAGACAAAAAUGUCGGAAGCAUCAGAAAUGGGGAAAAACCAAGACAAAGCGAGUAAAAAUACUGAUGAAAAGUGGGAAGCACUGUUAAAGAGUCAUUUGCCAAGCAAGUUAACUACAGUAAAUGGGGUACGUUUACCCGAAGUUUUCCGCAAAUAUGCGUAUAAGAUUGAAAAUUUUAAAAUUCGAGAUGAUGACAUAUGGGUAUGCACUUUUCCCAAAGCUGGUACCACUUGGACACAAGAGAUGGUCUGGUGUUUAGCAAACGAUGUAGAUCUUGAAGGUGCGAAAACGGAUCUAUCGGAUCGGUUUCCAUUUUUUGAGCUAGCCGCCAUUUCAGAUAUUUCUAAAAUUCCCAAAGAAUUGUCAGAGUCUGAUCCGGAAAUAAUGAGGAGCAUAGAAUUAUGUGACGACCUUCCUUCUCCGAGAUUUAUAAAAACCCAUCUACCCUAUCAUCUUCUUCCUCGGGGUCUUCGCGAGGGUUUAACUACUGCCAAGAUAAUUUAUGUCCGCAGGAAUGUGAAGGAUAAUUGCAUUUCAUAUUAUCAUCAUUGUAAACUAAUGGAGGGAUAUCGAGGAGAUUUCAAUGUAUUUUGUCAACUUUUUUUGGCUGAUAAGUUGUUAUAUUGUCCCUAUUGGGAACACAUUUUGGGAUUCUGGAAUCGACGAAGAGAUCCUCAAUUGAAUAUUUUGCUGUUGACUUUCGAGAAUAUGAAAUCGAAUAUAUCGUCAGUGAUUCACCAAACAUUGGAAUUCCUUGGAAAACCUCCACUAUCUGCUGAAAAGUUGGAGAUUCUCGUAGACCAUCUCAGUUUUUCGAACAUGAAAAAAAAUCCAGCGGUCAAUAAGGAAGAAUGGAUAGAGGCUAUGGAAAAAUUCAACAUUUUCUCGAUAGGAAACAAGUUCAUACGAAGUGGGCAAAUAAAUCAAUGGAAGGGAAUAAUGUCUCGGCAACUGAUUGAAGAAUUCGAUCAGUGGACUGCAGAUAAUCUCGUAACUUCAGAUAUAAUACCAUGACAGUGGAGAAGAAGCAGAUGAAUGAAAAAAAAAAAUAUUAUUAUGUAAUUCCGUGAAUUUGGUAUUAUAUAGAAAAGUUUGACAAUUGGACUUGAUUUUUAUGUUGAAAAUCAUAAUAAUAACUUGGAAUAAAUAUUUACAGAGAAAUAAUAAACAUUUAUUUAUAAA